CUACAAAAGUUAUUAAUGUUAAAUUAAUCACGUGUAACAGCAUGGCGGACAAUAAGGAAGAUAGAAUGGCGACUGUUCUAGCUUCUUUGCUAGGAAGUCAACCAGAAGAAAGAGUGAGCCGAAAAAGAAAGAGAGAAGAGAGCCAAAGCUCUAUCAGUUCAAAGAAAACAGGGAGACAAGAAGUCAGCCGUAAAGAGAGUAAAGAUGUAGUUAAUGGUGUACAUGUGCUUCCUAGCUCUUCUCUUUGGGCGUACGAGAAGACAUUAAAGCAAGUGGCAAUGCGUGGAGUCGUACAGUUGUUUAAUGCUGUCAAUAAGCAGCAGAAGGAGUUGCAGACUCAGCUAGAAGCAGUUGGCUCGUCUGAAGCAAAACGAGAAAAAGUUUUGUCAUCAGUUGAUAAAACCCAGUUCCUUGAAAUGCUUAAAAGUAAUCAUAAAUCACGCUUCAGCAAGACGAAAGGAAUUGAUAAGCAAAGCAAAAAGAAAAAGAAUGAGAUGGAGCAGCCCAACUGGUCAAUACUGAGAGAUGAUACUGGUUUAGAAACAGCAAUGGAAAGAUGGGAAGAAAAUGAUGGGGAAGACUUAUAGGGCGUGGUCCAUUUAAUAAAACAAUGCUAUUUCGCAUUUAUUAAAAAAUUUACGAGGUGGGCUAGCUCAGCUUGUCAAAAUCAA